CUAUAACGAAAGGGUCAUAUUAUACCUAUGUAAAUUUGCCAUCAAAACAAAGGUUACCAGGUAAUUCAAGGAGAAUAUAAUAAAAUGCCGGUGGAUUGGUUUGGUUAUGUCUACGCUGCCACGGUGGCCGCUGGUGGAGUUAUGGGAUUCGCCAAGGCGGGUUCCAUACCCUCCUUGGGUGCCGGUCUGGCCUUUGGAGCCCUACUCGGCUAUGGGGCUCACUUGAACUCCCAGGAAACGCCACGCCCCCUGCUCCAACUGGGCACCUCCCUGUUCUUGGCCGGAUUAAUGGGCGCCCGGUGGAAUCGUUCCGGGAAACUAAUGCCCGCCGGCGUGGUCUGCAUGCUCUCCGUUGCCGCUUUGGUUAAGAAUGUGGCCACCUACAAUCGCUACCUUUUGCCCUCCCCCACAAAGGGUGCCUAAAUGGAUGUCGAUGCCAUAGACCCCAAAAUGCUGGACUUGCCAGGAGAUUUUUUACCUUACUUUUCAUUUACAUACACAUGUUAAUUGCUGUAUUGAUUAAGUUAUGUACUUUUUGGUGAUUGGACUUUUCGUAUAGCGCUGUGUCACUUUCUAAGCUAGCGAUAAGAAAAACUGUACUUGUUGGCUGCAAAUAAAUUGUAUCAUCUAUGCUUUUA